UUGCAGUUUGGCCUGACAAAGGCGUCAAUAGACUAUACACCAAAAAUGGCCGAACAAGCUACAGAGGAAGAUGUUCUGCUAGCCAAGCGCAUCAUUUCUGCGGCUGAGCGACACGAUGUGCCGGCGUUGAACAUCCUGCUCAAGGACGGCUCCGCAAACGUCCAGGACCCCACGGCAACAGUAGCAACAUCCCCGCUUCACGCAGCAAUUGCAUCUUGCGGAAAGGUCGAAGAAGGCAAGGAGGCGAGUGAGGAGGCAGUUCAAACCGUGGAAACACUCCUCCAGAAUGGCGCCAUCUGGAACGAUCUUAACAAGGAAGACGAAACCCCAGGCUGCAUCGCACUCCGUCUCGGCCAGAAAAAGAUCUACGACAUGAUGGUCGAAGCCGGUGUCCGCGCCGAGAUUCUCUUCGCCCGAAUGGAAGCCUUAGGCAUGGGCGAACCCGCCGAAGAAGUCGAAGAAGACACCGAAAUUCUCGAGCAACCUGCCGCCAAGAAACAAAAGAUAUCCACGGAAGAUGCCAAACCCGUCGAGCAACCCACUUCAGAAAAAGUCCUUGAUGACGUCUCCCUAGACAACCACGCCUACCUCAAGAGCCAGCUCCGCUACAAAUCUGGUAUUCUCCUCGACGAAAGCGACAAUGCCGUCAUGAUGGACUGGGAAACGCAAAUCAUGCAACGCCACGCCGAGACUCUAAUCCCCAAACCAGGCCUUCGCACGAUGAACGUAGGUCACGGCAUGGGUAUAGUAGACACAGCAAUCCUAACGCAUGAUCCCGCUGAGCACCACAUCAUUGAGGCUCAUCCACAGGUACACCAGCGACUCCGCGAGAAGGGCUGGUACGACAAGCCUAAUGUUAAGAUUCAUGAGGGGAGGUGGCAGGAUAUCUUGCCUAAGCUUAUUGAGCAGGGUGUUGUGCUUGAUGCGAUUUACUAUGAUACUUUUGCCGAGGAUUACAAGGCGCUGAAAGAGUUCUUUGCGGAGUACGUGGUUGCGCUGCUAGCGAAAGAUGGAAAGUUCGGGUGGUACAACGGGCUUGGGGCCGAUAGGCAAAUUUGCUAUGAUGUUUAUACAAAGGUUGCGGAAAUGGAUUUGUACGAGGCGGGCUUCGAUACGGAGUGGGAGGAAAUCAAUGUCCCAGCUGGAUUGCAUGGAAGCGAUCAGUGGGAGGGAACUAGGAGGCCGUACUGGACCAUUGAUGUGUAUAGGUUGCCUGUGAAUACGUUUGUGAAGUAAAGCGGAAAAUCUACACGAUUCCGGUACUUCGUCAAAAUGAAGAACGUUCGGAAACAAUAAUACUCCAAUAUUAUUGGUAUCAAACGAAAACUAAUAUAGCUGCUUACAAGAAGAAGGGGGUAUCGCGUAUAUCCAAGCCAAAUAAUCUCAAAGCCCAAGAUCGUCAUCUAGGUCAUCAAGAUAGUAAUACUGAUUCCCCAACGGCGUCGGCAGAAACUCCCACAUACUCGGAAUUAUAACAAUACCCAGCACAAUCGCAAUCCUACCCUGCAGCCCCAUUCCCGGAACAAGCAGCGCACUCAGCGUCAUCGAAAUCCUAAACAAACGCCCCAGCGGCGGCCACGGAAACCGUCGCGCAUCUUCUCGAUUUCGG